AAGUUCCAAGGAUCUUAUCCACUUUGGCGGUUAGUAAUACCUUUGACCCCUGACGGGCUGUGGUCUGCCCCCUGGAGCAGACAGACUGGCAGACAGACAGAUACUACAGGAAGGGGAGGAGGUCGGUUAUUGGGGAUGCUUCCUGUGCUGGGAAAGUGGAGUGAGAGUGUAUUCAGAGGUGCCAGGCAGUGCCAGUGGCCCAGACACACUGGUGUUUGUCGGUGAAGGUCAAGUCCUCCUGUGGUUGUCAAGGGGCGGCAAGGACAGACGAAUAGUGCUGGAGAAGGCCUUCCUAGAGUGUGUGUGUGGUAGGGUCUGAUGCCUCUGCCUUCAAGGGGUGAUUGCCCCACAGCAGGGACCCAGGAAACAUUUGUGACUCCCCACUCUCCAGAAGUCAUAUGUAUUUGUUCUCUGUACCUCAGGCACACCAACUAGGAAGCAGUUUGAAUAUCUUGUGGAGAGUGAGGUCUUCUAAGGAUUGUCUCAGAGGGUUAGGACCCUGGGCAGGUGGCUGGGCUUGGCUUGUUGCCUGGAGGAGCAGAGGAAAGGAAUGAGCUUGUCCUCAAAUCUCUCCUGAAACUGGAUGUGGUUCCGUGUUUUCAAAUGGGGACACCGAGGCCCCACAUGCUGAUGGUCAAAGACUUCAUGGGGGCUCAGGUGGAAUGUAAGAUGGCAUCUUAUGACAGAUAUGGUCCUGGAGUAGCCCAGAGGGAGGAGCAUGUGAUGCUGAAUGAUAAACAGGGCUGCCUAGGUCAUACUUCCUGGAAGAGGGGGACUAGAAGAGUCAGUGAGUCCAGAGUCCCACUUCUGGUCCAGCUCUACCGUGGGCAGGCAACCAUUCAGUUCAGCCUUAGCUGAUGUCUCUAUUCUGGCUGAGGCAAGGUGUUGGGCAUAGAUGGCUUGGGUGGCCUCUGCACUUUUCUGGUUCCAGGUGCUUAGUUGCCUGAUCACUCAUGGGAUGCUGGUGCGUGUGUCUGAUGCCCACAGGGGAGGCUGGCUUCUGCCUUUUUUCUCCAGCACAGACUGGAGACAUGCAGGGCAGCUGCAUCCAUGGAGCAGAAAGAACGCUGGGACCCUGCGCACAUGGACAGGGGCCAGCCUCAGCACCCGCAGCCAGCACGCAGAUAGCAGAGCCGCCCUCAGGUUGAACCAUGAUUCCGGUGACAGAGCUCCGCUACUUUGCGGACACACAACCAGCAUACCGGAUCCUGAAGCCAUGGUGGGACGUGUUCACUGACUACAUCUCCAUCGUCAUGCUGAUGAUCGCUGUCUUUGGGGGUACACUGCAGGUCACCCAAGACAAGAUGAUCUGCCUGCCUUGUAAAUGGGUCACCAAAGACUCUUGCAACGACUCAUUCCGAGGCUGGGCGUCUCCCAGCUCAGAGCCCACCUACCCUAACUCCACAGUCGUGCCGACGUCGGACACAGGCCCCACGGGUAUCAGAUAUGACCUGGAUCGCCACCAGUACAACUACGUGGACGCUGUGUGCUACGAGAACCGCCUACACUGGUUUGCCAAGUACUUCCCUUACCUUGUGCUUCUCCACACCCUCAUCUUCCUGGCCUGCAGCAACUUCUGGUUUAAGUUUCCACGCACCAGCUCAAAGCUGGAACACUUUGUGUCUAUCCUGCUGAAGUGCUUCGAUUCCCCGUGGACCACAAGGGCCCUGUCAGAGACAGUGGUGGAGGAGAGUGACCCCAAGCCAGCCUUCAGCAAGAUGAACGGCUCCAUGGACAAGAAGUCAUCAACGGUGAGUGAGGAUGUGGAGGCCACCGUGCCCAUGCUGCAGCGGACCAAAUCUCGGAUCGAGCAGGGCAUUGUGGACCGCUCCGAGACGGGGGUGCUGGACAAGAAGGAAGGGGAGCAGGCCAAGGCACUGUUUGAGAAGGUGAAGAAGUUUCGCACCCACGUGGAGGAAGGGGAUAUCGUGUACCGCCUCUACAUGCGGCAGACCAUCAUCAAGGUGAUCAAGUUCAUCCUCAUCAUCUGCUACACCGUCUACUACGUGCACAACAUCAAGUUCGACGUGGACUGCACCGUGGACAUCGAAAGCCUGACUGGCUAUCGCACUUACCGUUGCGCCCACCCUCUGGCCACACUCUUCAAGAUCUUGGCAUCCUUCUACAUCAGCCUCGUCAUCUUCUACGGCCUCAUCUGCAUGUACACACUGUGGUGGAUGCUGCGGCGCUCCCUCAAGAAGUACUCGUUCGAGUCCAUUCGCGAGGAGAGCAGCUACAGCGACAUCCCCGAUGUCAAGAAUGACUUUGCUUUCAUGCUGCACCUCAUCGACCAGUAUGACCCACUCUACUCAAAGCGCUUUGCUGUCUUCCUGUCUGAGGUGAGUGAGAACAAGCUGCGGCAGUUGAACCUCAACAACGAGUGGACGCUGGACAAGCUGCGGCAGCGGCUCACCAAGAACGCACAGGACAAGCUAGAGCUGCACCUCUUUAUGCUCAGUGGCAUCCCCGACACCGUGUUUGACCUGGUCGAGCUGGAGGUCCUGAAGCUGGAGCUGAUCCCUGAUGUGACCAUCCCGCCCAGCAUCGCCCAGCUCACGGGUCUCAAGGAGCUGUGGCUGUACCACACGGCAGCCAAGAUCGAGGCUCCGGCCCUGGCCUUCCUGCGAGAGAACCUGCGGGCCCUGCACAUCAAGUUCACGGACAUCAAGGAGAUCCCGCUGUGGAUCUACAGCCUGAAGACGCUGGAGGAGCUGCACCUGACGGGCAACCUGAGCGCCGAGAACAACCGCUACAUUGUUAUCGAUGGGCUGCGGGAGCUCAAGCGCCUCAAGGUGCUGCGGCUCAAGAGCAACCUGAGCAAGCUGCCACAGGUGGUCACGGACGUGGGCGCGCACCUGCAGAAGCUGUCCAUCAACAACGAGGGCACCAAGCUCAUCGUGCUUAACAGCCUCAAGAAGAUGGUGAACCUGACCGAGCUGGAGCUGAUCCGCUGUGACCUGGAACGCAUCCCCCACUCCAUCUUCAGCCUCCACAACCUGCAGGAGAUCGACCUCAAGGACAACAACCUUAAGACCAUCGAGGAGAUCAUCAGCUUCCAGCACCUGCACCGCCUCACCUGCCUUAAGCUGUGGUACAACCACAUUGCCUACAUCCCCAUCCAGAUCGGAAACCUCACCAAUCUCGAGCGCCUCUACCUGAACCGCAACGAGAUCGAGAAGACCCCCACCCAGCUCUUCUACUGCCGCAAGCUGCGCUACUUGGACCUCAGCCAUAACAACCUGACCUUCCUCCCCGCUGACAUUGGCCUCCUGCAGAACCUCCAGAACCUGGCCCUCACGGCCAACAGGAUCGAGACACUCCCUCCAGAGCUCUUCCAGUGCAGGAAGCUGCGCGCCCUCCACCUGGGCAACAACGUGCUGCAGUCGCUGCCCUCAAGAGUGGGUGAGCUGACCAACCUGACACAGAUCGAGCUGCGGGGCAAUCGGCUGGAGUGCCUGCCUGUAGAGCUGGGCGAGUGUCCGCUGCUCAAGCGCAGCGGCCUGGUGGUGGAGGAGGACCUGUUCAACACGCUGCCGCCCGAGGUGAAGGAGCGGCUCUGGAGGGCUGACAAGGAGCAGGCCUGAGCAGGCUCAUGGAACAGCCAGCAGCGGGGGCACCCCCCAGCACGACCACAGGCCAGGCAAACAGCCUUGCCCCCCGUCCCAGGACUGCUGGACAGCCCGCCAAGGUCCAGCCAGGCAGAGCCCAGGCUGGGCAUGAACUGGGCCAGAACAGAGGACAGGAGCUGAGGGGCUGGUCCCUUUUCUUCCUCUGAGACUCAUGCCCCCAGGGCAGGUAUCUGCCGAAGAGACCAGAAACUAGCCAGUCUCAGAGAGCAGUAUUUGGACAAUCAGGGUCUCUACCCUUGAUGCCAUCUCUGCCUCAGAAACUGAAUUGAUGCCAGAGGUCCGGAGACAGCAACUUAGUUCUUUGGUAUUUAUUUCCUCCAUUUCCCAUCUCCUUCCUCUAGAUAACUUACACAUUCCCAAGAAAGGCUUUGCUCCAUGGGAGAUGUUUAAGUAACGUGGCAGUAUUUCCCCUUAUCCUUCUGGGCAAUGCUGACAAAGGAUAAGUGCCCACCCAGCUGGGCACAGUGGUACAGGGCAAGCCAACUGCAGAACAGCCACCAUAGUGGCACUAGUUGGGCUCAGCAGCAAAGCCCAUGGGAGACCAGGCCUCCCAAGUAGAAAGGCCUGGGGCGUGUCCCAUCAGUUUUCGAAGCAAUUUUAGAAAUCUUUUUUUAUCAAGCAAAUUUUUUGUUUGUUUGUUUUUUUAAGUUUUGAAAAAUAAUGGCUUGGGUAUUAAAAAGAGGAAAAAAAAAACUUUAAAAAAAAAAAGACACUAUAAAGGCCAGUGAAUUGGAGUCUCAGGGUGGGGUCCCAUUUCCCUUGAGCAAA